AUGAAGACACCAGGCAAUGCCUGCAUGGUAUUGAAGCUGAUCUCCAAAGUUGCCAUGUCCAGUGAAUCUGAGUAAGUAUUUACACUAAUUAUAUAAAUGACCCUUUACAAUGUCUUGUAAAUGUUGUUACAUAUGGCUAACACAUUUUUCUUAUUUUCCUUUUUUCAAGUAGCGAGACUGCAGGCCCUUCCUGUGCAAGCACAAGUUAUGGAACAGGAGCAUUGUCCAGCAGCCAAAAGUUGGAUGAGGCACAGGCCAAAAGUUGGAUGAGGCAUGGAGAAACCACUCACAGUUGAAGUCGGAAGUUUACAUACACCUUAGCCAAAUAUAUUAACUCAGUUUUUCACAAUUCCUGACAUUUAAUCCUAGUACAAAUUUCCAUUCUCAGGUCAGUUAGGAUCACCACUUUAUUUUAAGAAUGUGAAAUGUCAGAAUAAUAGUAGAGAGAAUGAUUUAUUUCAUCUUUUAGUUCUUUCAUCACAUUCCCAGUGGGUCAGAAGUUUACAUACACUCAAUUAGUAUUUGGUAGCAUUGCCUUUAAAUUGUUUAACUUGGGUCAAACGUUUCGGGUAGCAUUCCACAAGCUUCCCACAAUAAGUUGUUUCAUCAGAGCAGAGGACAUUUCUCCAAAAAGUACGAUCUUUGUCCCCAUGUGCAGUUGCAAGCCGUAGUCGGUUUUGGAGCAGUGGCUUCUUCCUUGCUGAGCAGCCUUUCAGGUUAUAUCGAUAUAGGACUCGUUUUACUGUGGAUAUAGAUACUUUUGUACCUGUUUCCUCCAGCAUCUUCACAAGGUCUUUUGCUGUUGUUCUGGGAUUGAUUUGUACUUUUCGCAACAAAGUACGUUCAUCUCUAGGAGAGAGAACGCGUCUCCUUCUUGAGCGAUAUGACGGCUGUGUGGUCCCAUGGUGUUUAUACCUCUGUACUUUUGUUUGUACAGAUGAACGUGGUACCUUCAGGCAUUUGGAAAUUGCUCCCAAGGAUGAACCAGACAUGUGGAGGUCUACAAUUUGAUUUUCCCAUGAUGUCAAGCAAAGAGGCACUGAGUUUGAAGGUAGGCCUUGAAAUACAUCCACAGGUACACCUCCGAUUGACUCAAAUGAUGUCAAUUAGCCUAUCAGAAGCUUCUAAAGCCAUGACAUCAUUUUCUGGAAUUUUCCAAAUUGUUUAAAGUCACAGUCAACUUAGUGUAUGUAAACUUCUGACCCACUGGAAUUGUGAUACAGUGAAUUAUAAGUGAAAUAAUCCGUCUGUAAACAAUUGUUGGAAAAAUUACUUGUGUCAUGCACAAAGUAUAUGUCCUAACCGACUUGCCAAAACUAUAGUUUGUUAACAAGAAAUUUGUGGAGUGGUUGAAAAACUAGUUUGAAUGAUUCCAGCCUAAGUCUGUGUAAACUUCCGACUUCAACUGUAGUUCUAUGUUCAUAGAUUCAGUCAGACAGGUUUCUGCAAAGCUUAUAAAAUUGCAGCUUUUCAUGUCUAGAAUGAAGCUCAUCCAUCUUAUUCUCGUGUGACUGGACAUUUGCCAAUAAAACAGAGGGGAGUGCCGGCGAUUUUAUUUGAAUCUCAGUCUCACCAAGACCCCAGCCCUCUGCCGUCCUGCGGCGUAUUCUUAGCCCAGGAAACAAAGGAAUAGGGUCCGGUGUGAACAAGGGUACAGCUGAGUCAGAGUUGAAUUCGAAAUCGCGGUUUGUACCUGUCGAUCUAAUGUCCCGAAUAUUAUCACAGGUGUCAAAUCAAAUCAAAUUGUAUUUGUCACAUGCGCCGAAUACAACAUGUGUAGACCUUACAGUGAAAUGCCUACAAGCCCUUAACCAACAAUGCAGUUUUAAGAAAAAUAAGUGUUAAGAAAGUAUUUACUAAAGUAAAACUGAAGUAAAAAAUAGAUAAGAAAAAAAAUGAAAAAUAAGAAAAAUUGAAAAAUAACUCAAGAGCAGCAGUAAAAUAGCAGUAGCGAGGCUAUAUACAGUGGGGGUGUACAAGCACAAUGCAAAUAGUCCGGGUAGCCAUUUGAUUAGCUGUUCAGGAGUCUUAUGGCUUGGGGGUAGAAGCUGUUAAGAAGCCUUUUGGACCUAGACUUGUUAAUAAUGGUUGAUGAAAUUAUAUUGAUGGAAUAUUGAAUUAUGAUGUAUGGAUUUGACAGCAAAUCAUUAAAUGUUUUGAUUAUAGAUAAGAGUGUAAACCUACUGUACUUCUGUAGUCCACUCAGAUACAUUAAGUCACAUAUUUCUGCAGUCCUGUGUAGCUCAGUUGGUAGAGCAUGGUGUUUGCAAUGCCAGGGUUGUGGGUUCGAUUCCCACGGGGGGGCAGUAUAAUAAAAAAAAUCAAUGCAGUCGAGCUGGAUAAGAGUGUCUGCUAAAUGACGUUUUUAUUUUUUUAAUGGAACUUCAGUAUUCACAAUAAAGUUUAAGAUAGUAGUGAAUGAUAUGGGCGGCAGGUAGCUUAGUGGGUAAGAGCGUUGGGCCAGUAACCGAAAGGUCGCUGGUUCUAAUCCCCGAGCCGACUAGGUGAAAAAUCUGUCGAUGUGCCCUUGAGCAAGGCCCGUAACCCUAAUUGCUCUUGUAAGUCGCUCUGGAUAAGAGCGUCUGCUAAAUGACCAAUUAUUAUUAUAUGUUCUUGAUAUCCUCAGACUCUAGAUCGGAGUCCAGUCGAUGUAAGAGUCCACAGCACCACCAUAUGGUCACGUCAGGUCAGUGCAAGUCAGUCUAUGGCAGUUUUGUCCUUAUCAAGCAAAAGCUAAAGAUGAAACUGAAAUGAUUGACAAUAGAGAAAGUUGUAUACUCUAUAUUACUCUCUAGGGAGAAGAUAGCUCUUCUUACAAGAAGAGAGGGCAUCUUAUUGGACAUCUAUGUAACACAACUAUUUCACAUUUGAAGAUAGCAGUUUGUUAAGUUUGAUCAUUUCAUGUACUUCUGCAUUGUUAUUUUUUUCAUUUUCACAUAUUUUGACAAAAUAAGCCCUUAAGGAGCAAAUGCAUCUUCUUUAAAGAAGAAGGCUCAGGCUGCCUACUUAAGUCAUGGAAGUCGGCCACCGGGAUAGCGCCACAGGGUGAUCGAACGGGUUACCAGGUGUAGAUGGGGAAGAUAGAACGACCCUAACCCUUCCAACGACCUACAAAGGUUUCAUGCCAAGUAAGUACAACACCGUUAAGUAGAACAUUGUUUUAUUAUUACACAAUUCUUUUUGACAGUACAUUUUUCAAAAAUCAAAACAGUUUUUUCUUGUAAGCAAGACACAUUUUUGAGACAAAUACCGAAGCCAGCUUCAGAGUUGCAGAGAAGGCACUUGUUGCUGACUACUUGGCCAAUACAACUGCUACAGCUGACAGGCACUACAGCAUGAAGACACCAGUCAAUGCCUUCAUGGUAUUGAAGCUGAUCUCCAAAGUUGCCAUGUCCAGUGAAUCUGAGUAAGUAUUUACACUAAUUGUAUAAAUGACCCUUUACAAUGUCUUGUAAAUGUUGUUACAUAUGGCUUACACAUUUUUGUUAUGUUCCUUUUUUCAAGUAGUGAGACUGCGCAAGCACAAGUUAUGGAACAGGAGCAUUGUCCAGCAGCCAAAAGUUGGAUCAGGCACAGGCCUUGAACCUCUUCUAUCAACACUUCCCUGUCACAGUUGAUGGACAAUCAAUCAAGAAGAAGGACAGACUACUGAUUGCAGGAAAGCAUGAGAGAUUCUGUUAUGACAAGUGGAGAAGCCAGCAAGGGAAAAUGAGACGGGAUUAUGUGAUCGGUGAGAUGCAGCUAAAAUACAGUAAACUGAAUACAAUUUUAUCAUAUUAGGUAUUACGAGAAUGUACUUUAUUUAGUCACACAACUAUGACUGUAUGUAGUCCUGGAUAAGGGCUUCUGCUAUUGAAUAAAUUAAAUUAAAAAUAACACAUGUAUUUUUGUCUUUGCAUUGUUACAGCUCACAUUCCCAGAAGAGAACCCACUGCCAGAAAAGUAGAGAUAUACAUUGAACGGCAGAACUGGGAGAAGAACAAAGUGAAGGUGGAGGAUGUCCUUCGUUACUGGCGACCUUCAAGCAACGCUGACACAACAAGAUACAACAAGGCAAUUAUGAAGCUGGUGAAGUCCCAGAAGUGGAAAGGACUGUACAUUGCCAGUGACCCUGUCAAAGGAAGAAAAGUCAUGACGACACGGACAUUUGCUAAAGGGGAAGUCGCCUGUGACUGUCACUGUCUCCCACUCUCAGAGAAGCAAUGGAAAACACUUUUGGCAGCAACAGAUGAAGACGAGAUGGGGUACCUAUACUUCUACAAGGAUGCAUCAGGGAAAACGUGCUGCAUAGAUGCAAAGACUGUGCCCUGCCCUUGCCACCCAGAGAUGGACACAUUUGGACGGAGGAUCAACCACUCCAGAAAGAGAAGAAACAUAAAGGGUCAGCUUCAGCAAUUUGAAGAGGAUGGCAAAGUGUGGAACGUCAUCCUUUUCAUUGCUCAACGAGACAUUCCGGUGCAGGAAUAA